GCCGUUCUCGGCUCGCAAAGUCCCGAUCGGGGUCGAAAUCGUUCCAUGGAUUAGUGAUUCGUGUUCGAAGACCAGCGAUCAACGAUGGCUGUGAUUCACGUAAAGAAAGUGCGAUUCCCAGCGUCGCGCUGUUGGGGUGUGUCGUAGGGCAGCGAGAGGGUGCGAAGAGUUUAGGGCUGUUUACACGAGUAGAUGAGAAAAUUUGACAAACGGCGCGAUGAUGGAGCUUCUGAUAUUUUUAACGCUGGCGAGAGCGAUCGGGGGUUCGUUGCCUCCCGACGACGCCGACAAUGUGUUGCAUAUCGGUGGUAUCUUUCCCAUAGCAGGCGAGGGUGGCUGGCAGGGUGGUCAAGCUUGCAUGCCAGCCGUAAACCUGGCUCUAGACGAUGUCAAUCGCGAGAAGAACUUGUUACCCGGUUUCACGCUGAAGCUCCACUCGAACGACAGCGAGUGCGAGCCAGGACUCGGUGCCACGGUGAUGUACAAUUUAUUAUACAAUGAGCCGCACAAGUUAAUGCUGUUAGCCGGAUGUAGCACCGUCUGCACGACCGUGGCUGAAGCAGCCAAGAUGUGGAACCUGGUGGUGUUGUGUUACGGUGCCUCGUCGCCUGCAUUGUCUGAUCGAAAUCGGUUCCCGACGCUCUUUAGGACACAUCCGUCAGCCACGGUGCACAAUCCGACGAGGAUCAAAUUGUUGCAAAAAUUCGGCUGGUCCCGCGUGGCAAUCUUGCAGCAAGCCGAAGAAGUAUUCAUAUCUACCGUAGAGGAUUUAGAAGCGCGUUGCAAGGAGGCAGGAAUAGAAAUCGUCACGCGUCAGAGCUUUCUAUCCGACCCAUCGGACGCGGUGAGAAAUCUGCGUCGCCAGGAUGCCAGGAUCAUCGUUGGCCUGUUUUACGUCGUGGCCGCGCGUAGGGUCCUUUGCGAGCUGUAUCAUCAAAAUUUGUACGGCAAAAGCUACGUCUGGUUCUUCAUCGGCUGGUACGAGGACAACUGGUUCGAGGUGAAUCUGGACAAGGAGGGGAUCACGUGCACGAGAGAUCAGAUGAGGCUCGCUGCCGAGGGACACCUGACGACCGAGGCUCUCAUGUGGAAUCAGAAUAACGACACGACAAUCAGCGGCAUGACUUCCGAGGAUUUCAGGCAGAGAUUGAACAAAAUGCUGAAGGAAGACGGGUACGACAUCGACAACAAUCGCUACCCCGAAGGAUAUCAGGAGGCCCCUCUCGCCUAUGACGCGGUUUGGUCAGUGGUGUUAGCUUUCAACAAAACAAUGGAGAAGCUGAGCAAGCAAGGGAAAAGCCUGAAGAACUUCACCUACACCGACAAGGAGAUAGCGGAUGAAAUUUACUCGGCGAUCAACUCCACUCAAUUUCUCGGAGUAUCUGGAUACGUGGCAUUUAGCUCGCAAGGUGACAGAAUCGCAUUGACCCAAAUCGAGCAGGUGAUCGAUGGGAAGUACGUCAAGCUGGGAUACUAUGAUACGCAAAGUGACAAUCUAACUUGGAGAAACAUGGAAAGGUGGAUAGGUGGCAAAGUGCCGCAGGACAGGACCAUCGUGAGGACCGUUCUGAGGACAGUCUCGUUGCCUUUGUUCGUUUGCAUGGGGACUAUAUCCUCGGUGGGGAUCCUAAUAGCGCUAGCAUUGAUCAUUUUCAAUAUAUGGAACAGGCAUAGAAGAGUUAUAAUGUCGUCACAUCCCGUGUGCAAUACCAUAAUGCUGAUUGGAGUGAUAGCGUGCUUCGUGUCGGUGUUUCUGCUGGGAAUCGACGGUAGAUUCGUCUCGCCAUGGGAAUAUCCAGCCAUCUGCCAAGCCAGAGCCUGGAUGCUCUCCACGGGAUUCACUCUAGCGUUCGGCGCUAUGUUUAGCAAAGUGUGGCGAGUCCACAGGCUUACCACAAAGACGAAAGCCGAUCAGGCGAAAUUGUUCAUGGCUAAACAAAAAGUUUCGUCCAUACAGAAGAAAAUUCAGCCGUGGAAGCUGUAUACGAUGGUAAGCGGACUGUUGGCUGUGGAUAUCGUACUGCUAAUCUCGUGGCAGAUACUCGAUCCUUUGCAAAGGAAAAUGGAGACCUUCCCGCUGGAGGCGCCCCCGUUUGGCGACGACGACGCGAGGAUCAGACCCGAGUUAGAGCACUGCGAGAGCAUACACAAUAACAUUUGGCUCGGUUUGAUUUACAGCUACAAAGGAAUCAUCCUGGUGUUCGGACUGUUCUUAGCGUACGAGACGAGGAGCAUCAAAGUUAAACAGAUCAAUGAUUCCAGAUACGUCGGGAUGUCGAUAUACAACGUGGUUGUCCUCUGUUUGAUCACAGCUCCGGUGACGAUGGUGAUUGCCAGCCAGCAAGACGCUAGCUUCGCUUUCGUUGCACUCGCCAUUAUUUUCUGCUGCUUCUUGAGCAUGGCUCUGAUCUUUGUGCCUAAAGUGAUCGAAGUGAUCAGACACCCGAAAGACAAGGCUGAAUCCAAGUACAAUCCAGACGUGGGCAUGUCGAAGGAAGACGAGGAAAGGUAUCAGAAGCUGCUCAGCGAAAACGACGAGCUUCAGAAGCUUAUUGCCGCUAAAGAAGAAAAGAUCAAACUUCUGAAGCAAAUGUUGGCCGAGAGGGACGCGUUGAAAGGUGGCAGCGGAAACGUUCCGAAGGAUUCGCUGAUAGUCGCCGAUUUCGUAACCGGCGAGGGCACUUCGGAUAGCGCAAUCGAAACGGACCAGGUUGGCUGAACGCAAGAGUCCCGUCGAUUAGGAUGACAAAAGCAAUACGAGAGCAUACGAACGUACGAACGAGCUAAAAGCUCGCGGCAAAAGCUCUUUGUUUCUCACUCUCUUCUAAAACUAGCAUUAAAUGUACACGUGCGUGUUUCCUCACGCAUGUCCUUGUUUUGUAACCGGAAAGAGACCGAGGAUCGUGUUUAUAGCGAGAAAAAUUCAAUUCUGCAUCGCCGAUGGGUUACUUUGCCACGCAUAGCGUAAGUUUAUAGAGAAGAUUAUUUUCAUCGAGCGAUUCUCGAGAGGGAUACGCGAGCAAACCCCCGUGUCUCUCUACCCUUUCGAAAGUCGUUCGUGCAAGUACACAGACUGCUCGAAGGAGGUUUACAAAGUCGUUCAUAAAUGCCGCGCGAUUCAGUUGGCGUUAAGACUCGAAACUCGCGAUAUCGUACCAAAAAAAGUGUAGAUUUAGAAAUUCUCCUAAACGCCAAAUUCGAUCUUUACAUACGGUGAUUGCGGAACGUUCAAGUACUUUCGAAUCGUUGAGUUUAGAAACUGUUUUAUAUUAAUGAGAUGGUAAUGCGAUUUGACUGCAAUUAAAAAUUUUAUCGGUACACGAGACGACUUAUGUGUAUGACGUAGAUUGGACAAGCCACGAUGCACAAGUUUUUUCGUACGUGCAAUUCAAUUUCGCCACUCUACGUGUACAUGUUUAGAGAGAUUUUACGAACGUUUUCUGUUCAAUCGUUUCUAGUCUAAUCAUCGUCGCGA